AUGGAGCUGGAGGAGCUGGGCAUCCGGGAGGAGUGCGGCGUGUUCGGCUGCAUCGCCUCCGGCGCGUGGCCCACGGAGCUGGACGUGCCCCAUGUGAUCACGCUGGGGCUGGUGGGGCUGCAGCACCGGGGCCAGGAGAGCGCUGGGAUUGUGACAAGUGAUGGCGAGUCCUCCCAGGCAUUCAAAGUGCACAAGGGAAUGGGUCUUAUAAAUCAUGUCUUCAAUGCGGACAGCCUGAAGAAGCUGUACCCUUCAAACCUUGGUAUUGGGCACACGAGGUACUCCACCUCAGGAAUUUCUGAGCUGCAGAACUGCCAGCCUUUUGUUGUAGAGACUCUCCAUGGAAAGAUUGCUGUGGCACACAAUGGGGAGCUAACAAACGCUGCACAACUCAGAAGGAAGCUUAUGCGGCAUGGUGUGGGACUGUCGACCAGUUCUGACAGUGAACUGAUCACCCAGCUGCUGGCUUUCACACCUCCGCUGGAAAACGACGAUACGGCCGACUGGGUGGCAAGAAUAAAAAACUUAAUGAAGGAAACUCCAACUUCAUAUUCAUUGCUAAUUAUGCAUAAAGACAUUAUCUAUGCAGUACGUGAUCCGUAUGGGAAUCGCCCGCUCUGCAUUGGUCGCCUUAUUCCAGUAGGGGACAUGAAUGGAAAAGGAAAAGAUAACACUGAAACAGAAGGAUGGGUUGUCUCUUCUGAGUCCUGUAGCUUUUUGUCUAUUGGUGCAGAGUAUUAUCGGGAGGUCCUUCCUGGAGAGAUUGUGAAAAUAUCCAGACAUGAUGUCCAGACACUGGAUGUUGUACGAAGACCUGAAGGAGAUCCGUCAGCAUUCUGCAUCUUUGAAUAUGUUUAUUUUGCAAGACCAGACAGUAUUUUUGAAGGUCAGAUGGUAUAUUCAGUCCGCAGAAGAUGUGGGCAGCAGCUUGCUAUUGAAGCACCUGUGGAAGCAGACCUGGUCAGCACUGUUCCAGAGUCUGCAACUCCAGCAGCUCUUGGUUAUGCUCAAAAGUGUGGACUACCAUAUGUUGAAGUACUCUGUAAAAAUCGAUAUGUAGGGAGAACAUUUAUCCAACCAAAUAUGAGGUUACGGCAACUUGGUGUUGCAAAGAAGUUUGGUGUUCUGUCUGAUAAUUUUAAAGGCAAACGAGUUGUUAUCAUUGAUGAUUCAAUUGUGAGAGGCAAUACCAUUUCACCCAUAAUAAAACUACUGAGAGAAUCAGGAGCCAAAGAGGUGCACAUCCGUGUAGCUUCACCUCCUAUAAGAUUUCCUUGUUACAUGGGAAUAAACAUUCCAACUAAAGAAGAACUCAUUGCCAACAGGCCUGAAUUUCAUGAUCUUGCUAACUAUAUAGGAGCAGACAGUGUUGUCUAUCUUUCUGUGGAAGGGUUGGUAUCAUCUGUGCAAGAAAGCAUCAAAGCAAGACAAGACAACAACCCUAAAACCCACAAGACGUUUAUGGGAAAGCUUGGUCAUUGCACAGCGUGUCUCACUGGAGACUAUCCCGUUGAGCUAGAAUGGUGA